UCACAGCAUUUUGGCAACAGCAUUGACUUUGGGGCAGAGGAAUGUCUUCAAGUAAAUCAUCCAUCAUACAUAUAAUCAUUAAGCGGCACGGUGUUGUGUACUCUUUGUCCCUCUGUUGCAAAACGGUGGAUUAGAAGACCUAGUUUAGUCCCUGCAGAGAAGUCCUCACCUCUGACAAUCAGCACGUCAUCAUCAAACUGCUUUUUCCAAGCAUCAAACAGGAUCUUUGGAUCUCCUGGACACUCCAGAAAAAUCUAAGGAGGUUGCAACGUGCAGAAAAUGGCGAAGCGACUCCUGCAGAUCCUUGCCUUGUGGACUUUUGUGAUCGGCAUUGUGCAGUGCUGUCCAGAAUUGUGCCACUGCCAAGAUACUAGAAGUGGCUACCUCUUUGCAGACUGUUCUUACAAAGACCUGCUGGAGGUACCUGUUGGUCUCCCCUCCAACGUCUUCGCUGUGAGCCUUGCAGGCAACAAGAUCAAAGUUCUGAAAAGUAAAAGCUUCAUCAAUAUCACGCAGGUCACCGCUCUCUGGUUGGAAGACAAUGAGAUUGUCACAAUAGAAAGAGGCACACUGGCGCCCCUGACUCAGCUUUUCAACAUGGACAUCAGUCACAAUAAGAUUGUGAACUUUCCUUGGGAGGAUCUGGUCAACCUCACAGCUCUUCGAACUCUAAAAAUGAACAACAAUGAGAUGGUGAACCUUCCAAUGGAUGCCUUUUCCACACUCAAACACCUGCGGUUUCUGCAAAUCAACAACAACAAAUUCACCACCAUUAUGCAGGGUACCUUUAGUGCUCUCUCCUCUUUGUCUUUUCUUUAACCAAACAUUGAGGAAUAAGACCUCGAUGAAGGUGUCAUGGUCAUCUUAAACCGUGUGACAAUGGUAUGACAUAAAGGGCGACAGUAGCUCAGUUGGUAGAGCAGGUCGUCUCAUAACCGGAAGAUUGGUGGUUCGAUCCCCGCUCCUGCAGGUGUAAAACUGUUGUUGUGUCCUUGGGCAAGAC